AUGGUAAAACAGCCCUGGAGCAAGUACAACCUGGCUGACAUGCCACCUGAUGACAUCAACACGAUGGCUUGGGAUGAAAAAGACAAACUGACCUGGCAAGAUCGUACCCCUGGCUACCUAGUGAACUUUGCAUCGAUCUUAUUUAUGAUUUCACUGACAUUUUCACUAGUCUUUGGUGUGAUUGUGUAUCGGAUAACCACGGCAGCAGCUCUUUCGAUGAGUACCAACGAGUCCACCAAGGCAAACGUCCGUGUCACAGUGACAGCCACUGCAGUCAUCAUUAACCUUGUUGUAAUACUUAUCCUAGAUGAAAUUUAUGGAGUGGUUGCCAAGUGGCUGACAGAAAUGGAGAUACCCAAAACAGAGAAAUCUUUUGAAGAGAGGUUAAUUAUGAAGGCUUUCCUGUUGAAAUUUGUGAACUCCUAUGCACCAAUUUUUUAUGUGGCCUUUUUUAAAGGAAGGUUUGUUGGUCGACCUGGCCAUUACGUGUAUGUCUUUGAUGGCUAUCGCAUGGAAGAGUGUGCUCCUGGAGGAUGCCUGAUGGAACUUUGCAUUCAGUUGAGCAUCAUCAUGCUGGGAAAGCAGCUGAUUCAAAACAACAUCUUUGAAAUUGGAGUCCCAAAAUUAAAGAAACUUUUCCGGAAGCUGAAGGAUGAGCGAACCGAGCAGAAGGAAAGUGAUUCCAACCCAUCCAAACCUCCACAGCAAUGGGAGCAGGAUUAUGUCUUGGAACCUUUCACUGGGCUGACUCCAGAAUACAUGGAAAUGAGUAAGGUCUUUGAACAUCACUUGCGAUCUGCCUUAUCAGUCAUAUUAUCAGUCAUAUCUGGGAGCCAGCUACACUUAACCUCCAACGAGCUGGAUACUCAUUUCACCAACCUUGGAAAGAUGAAAGGUGGAGUCCGUGUUGAGCUUUGGGCUCCGGUGGCCGUGGCCGGCAGGGGCUUGGCUGGCUGCUCCGUGCUGGCCGGGCUCCCCUGGGCUAGCCGGGCGGUCUCCUCUUGCCUUGCUCCUGCAUCUGAGAGGAGGGGGGGAGGUGCCGGCCAUGACACAGCGCUUCCUCCCCCGCUUCUCAGGACCCACUUGCUCCACUUGAAUGAAGACCUUGACCUCCUUGUCCUUACCUGCUUCACCUUUGUGACCCCUUCAUCUCCCUCGCCCUUGCAAUGGAGACCAUGA